UGCACUUCAUAAGGAAAGCGUGAAUCGAUGUGGAAACAUGUUUUUGAUAAUUUGAGAUAAUUAAUUAAUUAUACUGGUUUUGAUUAUUGUUCUUGAGAAGCCCGGCAUUUAGAGAAUGUGUUUAACGUUACCUUAUUUGACAGCCAGUUCAAUGCCAACAGGGUUUAUUGUUGAUGAAUGACAUUCACACAGAGCAGUCGACAUUGCCCUUGUCCAUGUCAAGACUGUCUGCAAUAUUUCUCACUGGAAUACGUUUGUAAUCCCAAAGUAGGUUGAAGAUGCGACUUCGGGCUGUCAUGGGAACAGGCAUUGGGACGUUCAGUGUCCUGGUUGGGGGGGUAAGACUUACAUUUCAGGGACAAACAUGGUUAAAAGACUGUGUACUGUCGGCUAUUUGCACAUUGUCACUAGUCACUACUGUUUUCUAUGGAUAAUGUGCAUUGCUCUGUGUUGGGUUGUAUAGGGUAAAGGUCUACUGAAGAAUGGACCACAGACGUGCAGGUGGAGAUUACAAGGAAGAAGACAGUACAGCUUUUUGCCAGGUAUAUGACAUAUCCCAUUCCCAUAUUCAACUGAACUUUGAUCUCUCAGUGCUUUUGUAAUACAAAUUACUAUGUCUUAUUUUAUAUCCUAUAGAUGAUGUCAAAUCCCCACGAGCUGUGGUCAAUCCAGAUAUAUCCAAGUAAGUGGUAAAACCCGCUCCAGCCUAUGUUUAUUACUACUCCAUAGCCUACUUCAUGGUCAUUGACAGCCCCUUAAUAUCAGAUGUAAUAAUCACUAUUGUUUGUCCCCAGAAUCCGGAACAUUGGCAUCAUGGCACACAUCGACGCCGGGAAGACCACCACCACAGAGAGAAUGCUGUAUUACUCUGGAUACACCAGGGCCUUGGGAGGUGUGUAGGAGGGGUCCCACUACCCAUGAUAGACAUGGGUAGAGGGAUGCGCAGGUUGGGGUCAGUAAUUCAAUUUAAAUUCUGCGUCCUCUGCUAGCUUUUUCCUGCAUUGUUUAACAGAGUCCCAAGCUAGCAACUCAAUUUCUCUCUCUUUUCUUGUUUCCCAGAUGUUGAUGACGGGGACACCGUGACAGACUUCAUGGUUCAGGAGAGGGAGCGGGGAAUCACCAUACAGUCUGCUGCAGUCACCUUCGACUGGAAAAAGCACAGGAUCAACCUCAUAGAUACCCCAGGUACAGAGCCAGUCUCGUUCAAUGAAUCGUACAAAAACACAAACACUAAUUCUAUAGACAGACACCCCUGGCACAAAAACAAACCCAUAGACCCUCCAUAGUACAACACUGUGUGUGUGUGGGUGUGUGUGGGGGGUGUUUCAGGUCACGUUGACUUUACUCUGGAAGUGGAGCGAGCCCUGCGUGUGUUGGACGGGGCGGUGGCUGUGUUUGAUGCCUCUGCUGGUGUUGAGGUGAGUCAAGCCCUGAUAUGAUGCCAUGUUCUCACCCUGUACUGAAAUAGGCCUAUGCAUCUCUGUGUACCUGACUUUAUUGUCCGUAGUAAAAUACAGUAAUUGAACCGACCUAGAAUCGAGGUGCUGAUUGUAUUGUAAAUGUGUGUGUGUUUUAGUGACUCGUAAUGGCUGUGUGUUCUGUGUUAUGUCUUGCGAUAUCACCAGGCUCAGACUCUGACAGUGUGGCGGCAGGCUGAGAAACAUCAUGUACCCUGUAUAUGUUUCCUGAACAAGAUGGACAAGCCUGGGGCCAGGUAAAACAACCAGCAUCACAUAGUGACUCCCUUCUGUUGUAACCAGAAGUAUAUCUUGAUGCUUGUUGUUAGGAUUUGAGAUUACAGUGUUAAUUUUGAUAAAAUGUUAUUGUUUUUUCUAUAUAGUUUACACUUUUCCAUUGAGAGCAUAAAGAAGAAACUGAAAGCCAAUCCUGUGCUCCUCCAGGUAGACAACAUUCUCAAUAGGCCUUCUAUGUAUUUUACAUUGUUCAACUUCCCUGCUGUGACGAUGCCUCCAUAUAAAAUGACAUACAUUACAGUAUAUAUGAGAAACAACCUGUUACACAGAUUCCAAUUGGCAGCGGGAAGAGCUUCACAGGAUUGGUCGACUUGAUUACCAACCAGCAAAUGACGUGGCGGGUGAAAUCCAGAGCAGAGGAUGGCCGUGUCUUUGAGACCAAAUCCCUCAGCCAAUCAGAUGACCCGGAACUUAUUCAGGACGCCUUGGAGGCCAGAGCAGCUCUGAUAGAACAGGUACAGGAAAUGACAUCAUCAUCCCAACUGUCAUCUAGUGGAUAGUGUUGAUGUAGGGUGCUUCUUUUUAUGCUAUUGUUGAUAGAUUAGAUCGCUUUACAAACAUAAGUAUAGUAAAAACGUGUUAAUGCUAUGUGUCUUAGUUGGCAUUUGCAUUUUUCCUUCACAGGUUGCUGAUCUGGAUGAUGAGUUUGCAGAGCUGUUACUUGGAGAUUACGGUGAAAAUUUUGAUGCGGUUCCUCCUGCCAAAGUAAGCAAUAUUUAUCUCAGAUAAAAUAUAUUUAUACCACACGAUAAGGGCCAACAUCUUACCAGAAGCCACUCUAUGGAAAGAGUAAGCCCGGCAGGAGGAAGUGGUAUUUGAUCCAGGCUUGUGUUCACAAUUUGAUCUUUAUGUUUUAGCAGUAGGACUGGGUUCUGUAUGUGGUAUUGUGUGUGCAUGUGGUGUAUUGUGUAUUCUCCAGCUCCAGGAGGCAGUGCGGAGGGUGACUCUGGCACGUAAAGGAGUCCCGGUGCUCUGUGGGAGCUCUCUGAGGAACAAAGGUGUUCAGCCUCUCCUGGACGCCAUCACAGCCUACCUCCCUGCCCCCAACGAGAGGCACCACGACCUAGUGUGAGUACAUCCCAAACCCUUAAUCCCCAACCUCUACACCUAACCAUAACUCCAUCACAGCCUACCUCCCCGCCCCCAACGGGAAGCACCAUGACCUGGUGUGAGUAACAUUUAACCUUUACCUUGUAGAGUCAGCAAUAUGUGCUCUCCAUAAUAGCCCACUCAGCUCAAACCCCAAUAGGACUUUUCUAUAACAUUAUUUUGUGGGAUACCUAAGCAAAAUUUCAGUCAAUCUGAUCCAUAUCAUUGGGCUAAAGCCUCUACCACAUAUAUCAGUCAGGGAUUUAUUCUUGAAUCAGACCCAGUUUUGUUUUGGUCUAUUUCCUUCACACAGGCGUUGGUACCAGGAUGACCUGUGUGCCCUGGCCUUUAAGGUGCUGCAUGACAAGCAGCGAGGUCCUCUGGUGUUUGUGAGGAUCUACUCUGGGACCAUGAAGCCCCAGUCUGCUGUCCUCAACAUAAACAGGAACACCACGUACGUAGGUCCAUCAGCAUCCCACUACUACCCAAUACCUGCUUACUGCUACCGCAGCAUGCUGAAUGGUAAUCAAUUCAUGGUAAUCAGUUAAUUAACUCUGUAUCUCUUAAGGUUUUGUUGCAUUGGGCAUAACUCGGUAGGAGCCCUCUAAAAUGGUGCAUCAUACAAAUUCUCAGGCUGUGCCAAUAAACUCAAGUACUGUUAGUUUUCUCAUUACUGUGCUUGUCAUUUUGAAUUCCACUGGUCUCCACUGUAGAGAGAGGAUGAGUCGGCUGCUGCUGCCGUUUGCUGACCAGCAUGUGGAGAUACCUUCCCUGACUGCAGGAAACAUUGCACUCUGUGUGGGCCUCAAGCAGGUAGGACUUUAUGAGAGAAUACCUGUUUUGGAAUUGAAAACACAUCCAUUCUCAGUAAAGAACAAUAUGUUUUUGAAACUGAAUUGUUUUGAAUCUGUUGGGUGACUUUGACAAUUAAACCAAGCACUUUCACAUCCAAACAAUCUUUCAUUAUUGUAACAUGUUUACAAAAAUGUCCUCUCUCUCUCAGACAGUGACAGGGGACACUAUUGUGUCCUCCAAGGCCUCGGCAGCGGCCGCGGUCCGGCGGGCCCAGAAGGAGAAGGAGGGGGAGGGGAAGAGGGGUGGAGAGCAGGCCAGUCUGGUGCUGGCUGGAGUGGAGGUCCCCGAGCCUGUCUUCUUCUGCUCCAUAGAACCCCCCACUAUGGCUAAACAGGCAGGUCAGUGUCCCUGCAGCCAUUACUAAGCAUGGGAUCCCUGCUCAAAUCCCCUCAUACCAUGCACUGCUCUACAGGCUUGCUUGAGCCACCUGGCCUAAAACUCUUGUAACACUGUUAUAACAACCUCUGUUUUCUAUUAGAUCUGGAGAACGCCCUGACCUGCCUCCAGAGAGAAGACCCUAGCCUGAAGGUCAGGGUAGAUUCAGACUCUGGACAGGUAAUAACGUCUGUACAGGAGGAACAUGUAUGAUUGGUUGGUUGAAAGGGUUGAUUGAUUGAUUGAAUGAAUGUUUGCUAGCUAGCUAGCAUAUAAUAUUAUACUAAUAAAAUAUGCCAUGUCUGUUUUAAUGGUCUUUGUACCAUCUCCUCCAUCAGACCAUUCUGUGUGGGAUGGGAGAGCUGCACAUUGAGAUCCUCCAUGAUCGGAUCAGGAGAGAGUACGGCAUCGAGACCCACCUGGGACCUCUACAGGUGGCUUACAGGGAGACCAUCCUCCAAUCAGUGGCUACCACAGGUAUAGGAUGCCAAUCAGUACGGAGGAGGAAACCGUAUUUUCCAAUCUGUGUAGAUCUUACUGAUUCUUCUUAUUCUGAUUCCUGAUUGUUAACAUAAAAAACAACAACAUUUUAGUCAUUUAGCAGACGCUCUUAUCCGGAGCGACUUACAGUUAGUGAGUGCAUACAUUUUUUUCAUACUGGUCCCCCAUGGGAAAUGAACCCACAACCCUGGCGUUGCAAGCGCCAUGCUCUACCAACUGAGCUACACGGGACUACACAACAUACACUUAUUAUGACUUUCUUAGCUACAGUUUACAUAUCUCCCUGGCAUAUUACAUCAUUUAUGCAGCAGCAUACAAUACAUUUUUGGACUCACCUUGUUUGUGUUUGAUUGUGCUUCCUGCUUGUUUGUGUUUUAGACACGCUGGACCGUACGGUUGGGGAGAGGAGACACGUAGUGACGGUGGGCGUGGCGGUCUGCCCCAUCACGGACUCCUCCUCCUCACUCACUUCCUGUGACAUCACCUACGACGAGGAAGUGGAGGAGCAGCUGUCCUCUGACGUCAGGGAGGCCGUGGAGAACGGAGUAAACAGCUCUUAUCUCCAAGGUAACGACAUCACACCGACCAGAUUAUGUAAGAAGGAACUCGACCAAAUUAUGGAAGAAGACCCCCAUUUCCGACGAGCCUUGUACUGUUGUAGCCCCUAUUCUGAGACUCAAUAAGUACAUUAUGUGCUCACUCUCCCAGGUCCGUUGCUUGGUUACCCGGUCCAGGGCGUGUCCACUAUGAUCCAGAGUGUGAGCAUGGAGCCGGGGACGUCUCUAGCUAUGUUGUCUGCCUGCGUGUCCCGCUGUAUGCUCAAGGUACAUCAACACCUGCCCAGGAACUCCUAUGAUAGUGUUGUGUACACAAUGUGAGAUGAUCUCUGCCUAUGUACUGUAGUCUUGUGAUGGCUCUGAGUGUCGAUAGAAGCAGAAAGGCAUUAGCAAUACAUUAGUGGGUUUGUUUACGCUGCUGCUACUCGCUGUUUAUUGUCUAUGCAUAGUCACUUUACCCCUACCUACAUGUACAGUACCAGUCAAAAGUUUGGACACACCUACUCAUUCCAGGGUUUUUCUUUAUUUUUACUAUUUUCUACAUUCUAGAAUAAUAGUGAAGACAUCAAAACUACCACAGCAUUCUGCAGCGAUACGCCAUCCCAUCUGGUUUGGGCUUAGUUGUCAAAGCUGUCAUCAAGGCAAAGGAUGGCUAUGUGAAGAAUCUCAAAUAUAAAAUAUAUUUUGAUUUGUUUAACACUUUUUUGGUUACUAAAUUAUUCCAUAUGUGUUAUUUCAUCGUUUUGAUGUCUUCACUAUUAUUCUACAAUGUAGAAAUGAAUGAGUAGGUGUGUCCAAACUUUUGACUGGUACUGUAUUACCUCGACUAACCUGUACCGCCACACAUUGACUCCAUACCGGUACCCUGUAACCUGUACUGUAUAUAACCUCGUUAUUGUUGUUUUACUGUUACUCUUUUAUUUUUUACUUUUAUUUAUUUAGUAAAUAUUUUCUUAACUCUUAUUUUUCUUAAAACUGCAUUGUUGGUUAAGGGCUUGUAAGUAAGUGUUUCACGGUAAGGUUGUAUUCCUGUUGUAUUCGGCGCAUGUGACAAAUACAAUCUGAUUUGAUAGUAAUACUACGCUCGUAACAGUGACCCUAUUACUAAUACUACAGUAGUAACAGUGUUGUCUCUGUCCCCUGUAGGCUCUGAGGCAGGCGGGGGGGCAGGUGCUGGAGCCUGUGAUGUCACUGGAGGUGACGGUGGGGGAGGAGCACCUGAGCUCUGUGCUGGGUGACCUGGCUCAGAGACGAGGGGCCAUCCGGGCCAUCCAGAGUCGCCAUGACAACAAGGUGCUGCUGGCCACUGCACCCCUGGCUGAGAUGAUGGUAGGUUGGUUCAAUGUCGCUGUGGAAACCUCAUGUAGUGACAGGGCAGACAACACCAUGUUAUACUCACACCAAUACACUAUAAAGUGUGCAAUUUUCUGUUUGUUUCGCUGUUUCUGUUUUGCUCAUCUCUCAUUGUCUUGUUGCUAGCAAAUCAAGUCCGCUGCUAACGAAUGAUGCAUCAUCGGUAUCAGAGACAAAAAGGGACACUGCAGUAUCCCGCCUUUACCAGGUUGUAAUGGAUCUAAUCUUCCCUCCUGUUUCAGGGCUACUCCACCGCCCUGCGAACUCUGACCUCUGGCAACGCCACCUUCUCCCUCCAGUUGGACAUCUAUGAGGCCAUGAACCCCCAACACCAGAAUGCCCUGCUCAACAAGAUGGCUGGCCUCGCCUGAUGACAUCAAGCAGGAAUUUUGGGAAAUGUAAGCCAGCAUGAAUGUCCAUGUACAGUGCCUUCAGAAAGUAUUCAUACCCCUUGACUU